AUGGCAGCACUCAACCAGGUUGCUCUUCUGGCUGCUGGCUGCAGUGAAAGCUGUACACUCCCUGUAGUUGCCCGCAGUAAAGCCAUUGCCUACUGCUCCGCUACCUCUAUCUACAUGCAUACACCAACCAAACACACAUCUACCAAUACCAACAACACCGAUCCAUUAAGACGUAAUAGUACUUCCGUUCCUUCAGCAGUCGGUAAUGGUAGUGGAAAGACAUUUACAACAUAUCCACUCUCACGUAUAUUUGCCAAUGGUGUGACGGAUCUUAUUCAAUCCUUUGAUUUUAAUGAUGAAUACAUGGCUUGUGUGACCAGAGAUUGUAAAACGGUUGUUUGGCGAGUGGGAGAUGCGGAGGUGUUGAAUGGGAAACGACUUCCAAAUGCCUUGAGUGGUUUCUUUAAACGUGAAGGAGGUCCAAUGGUGGUACGAGUGGCUGGAAAACAUCAUAUUGUGUAUGGAACUACUACAGGUUGGAUUAUAUCGGCAAAUAUGAAUGAUGGCACAACAACACAUCAGUUAAAACUUCCCCUUGAUGAUAAGAGUAAUAGUAUUGUCAACAAUGACAGUAGUAACAAUUAUACAGUGGGUCAAAUUACUUCUAUUGAUGCCUCUCCUGCACGUCCGGAUGUUUUAGCUGUGGGAACAAGUGAAGGAAUGCUUUUUAUUCUUUCUUUACAUCCAAGUAAUGGUUUACAACGUACCGCUACACUUCGACCUUUUGCAACUACCACUACGAAUACGAAUACGAAUACGAAUAUGACUACUACUACUACUUUGGAGGGAAGUAUCAAUACAGGUACAGGUAAUAAUAAUAACAAUAAUAACAACAACAGUUUGGCAGCUGUUACAGUAGCUGCGUUUGAUCCUAAUAAUGCAUUUUGUCUUGCUGUUGGUUCUCGUGAAGGGGCUUUGGUGUUAGUAGAUGCCGCCUCUGGUACUGUUGUUCAGCGGUUUGAAGUCCAGGAUUCACCUAUUUGUUCCAUUUCAUGGAUUCCUACACAAAGUGGAACAUUUGUCACCACAAAUGGAAAUUCUUCUAAAUUGUCUAUAUGGACUGUAAACAGUCGAACUUCUACUGUUGUGUGGAAUCCUAUUUGCGGUAGUGUACUUGUGGGAAGUGCCUCUUUUGCACCGGAACAUCUUUUUCUCGCUUUACGUAGUGGAAGUGUAGCGGUAUUUAAUACUCAAACUCAAGAAGUGGAAAUGCAAACAGAAACUGGUCAUACCAAUCGUUUACAUGAUUGUCGUUAUUCUAAACAUGAUAAAGAUCUUAUCGCUACUACCAGUGCAGAUGGAACCAUUCGUGUUUGGAAUACAAAACAACUUUUAUUAAAUCAUACAAUUGAAGUGGGAUCUGUAAUUGUACAAACUAUGGAUUGGAGUCCAUCUGGGAAGUAUAUUGUUGCGGGUCUUAGUACAGGUGAAGUGGUUUCUUAUCAUGUAAGUACACAACAUGAACAAUGGCGUGCCCUUGUUGUCGCUCCUAGAUAUAAUAAUCAUAAUAAUAAUAAUAAAGGUCCUUUUGGUGUUUGUGGUGUGGUAUGGAGUCCAAGUGAGGCUGGUAAUUACAUUGCUGCUGCCCAUCGCUCAGGUAUCACACUACUCAGUUCUCGUGAUGGUAAAGUUAUUCGAGAGUACACGACGAAAUCACCUGUAUAUAGUGUAGAUAUGGAACCCUUACAUGCUAAACAAAUGGCCGCUGCCUGUCAUGAUGGUCAAGUGUAUAUCUUUUCACUUACCGGUAGUCAAACAACUCCUACACUUAUACUUACUGGUCAUACAGAUGUGGUGAAUCAUGUUAUCUUCAAUCCCAUCAUUCCACGAUAUCUUCUCAGUGCAAGUCAUGAUACCACACUACGUGUAUGGGAUCUCGCCCCUCCAGCGGUUGCGCAGAACACUUCUGUUAAUGCCCGUGUUUUGCGUGGACACACAGAUCAUGUUCACGCAGCGGCGUGGUGUCCACUCGCUCCUUAUAUUGCCUUUUCUGCAGGUGCAGACGGUUGUGUGCGGGUGUGGGAUGUGCGGAAUGGUGUGCACAUCGCCGCCGUACGAGCCCACAGUGGUGUGCAUACAAACAAUUAUAACUAUAAGAGUCAAACAGGCCGAAUGAUGAUGGGAGGAGUUGUGGGACUUGCGGGGCCGCACGGCGAUCGGCCGCUUGUGUUGGCGACUGCCGGUGGUGUGGACGGCGCGGUGGUGUUUUGGCACGCGGGACUUUUACGGCAAGCCGCGAUUGAUGCCGCACUCGGCGCCCUUCCAUCACGACUCACACGAGAUCCACACACCCUCAUCGAUAGUAGUAAGAAUACAAAUACUAUCAUGGGGGUUAAUACGAAUGUGAAUCAUCAAAGUAAUAGUAGUAUUUACUACCUUGCUGGGGAGGCGGUGCAGCAACUCAGUCGAGAUCUCGCCGACAGCACACUCACACCACACCGCCGCAUGGAGCGUAUCGCUAAUUUCUUUGAAUUUCCAUACGGUGCGGUGGAUGUGGCUCGUGUGGCCGCCUACUGCAGUGAUCCGACGGAGAGUAUUCAUACACGUUGUUCCGUUGUCCCAUCUACUCGAUUGGUAGAGGUGCGGGAAAAACUGGGAAAGUCCAUGGUGGAAAAGGCACAUGGAAGAACCGUUGCGGGUGCAGGAGCGGCGUAUAAAAAAACACGACUCAUAGAAGCCGCAGAUGCCAUGCUGCAAAUUGGAAAUAUUACAGAAUAUUGUAAAUUAAUGAUUGAAGCGGGAGAAUGGGAUAAUGCGAUUGCCGCCGCCCCACUUGUCAGUCGUGAGUUUUGGCGAUCCACAUGUUUACAAGCGGCGGAGGCGAUGCAGACAGCAGGAGAUGUGCGAGCCACGCGUUAUUUUAUUAUGGCAGAAGAAAGUGCCCGUGCGGCGAGAUUUUUGGCUCAUCAAUCCGAUAAAAAUUGGGAUUCCGCUAUUGUGAUUGCAAAGACAUGUCCACAACGAGUGGAACCCACCGCGACUACAGAGACUCCGCAUAAUACUACUGUGGAUACGAAUGGAAGUUCCGCAGUGGUGGUGGAGUUGUUAGAGGAACGGGCAUCUAUGUUUACAUAUUCAAUGAAUCCUCGAAUUGUGGCAGCAGCGAAAUUGGCAAAUGGAGCAAAUGAUGAAGCUGUCAUGCAAUUGGUAUACAGUGGAGAUGUGUUAAUGGCACAUCUUCUUAUUCAUUCAGUUCCAUUACAACAACAAACAACAAUUGAUGCGGGAUAUCGACUGCCAAUGUUGCAAUCAUGUCGUCAACGGCAAUGGGAUACGGCAGUACUCUGUGCUACUCGUAUGUCUAAUGCAUAUGAUGGACUGGCAACUGUUCUUUCAUUUUGUCAACAGGCAUUUGGUAAGAUUAAAUUGAGUAGUAGUGGUAGUGGUAGUAAUAAUACUCCCAAUACGAACAACAAUAUUAACAAUUUAUCAAAUCUUCCAUUAAAUGAAAAGUUAAAAUCUAUUCAUGAACAGAUUUUAGGAGAAUGUCGUCGUUUACAACUUCCACUUGAUAUGGAAUCUAUUCAGCAAAGACAUGCUAAUGAUGGUCUUGCCUCCAUUAAUCAAAUAGCUGCCAUGGUAUUAUCACCAAAUACACCGGUAGGAAUUGUAACUAGUGAGGAAAUCAUUCAGACAAUGAGUAAUUUUAUAGAUAAUAUUAUUCAAGUGGCUUUACAAGAUAUUGAUGGAACGAAUGCUGUUUUCUAUUUAAAACAAGCCUAUGCAGUGACUUGCUAUGUAAGUUUACCUAUACAACUUCCAGCUGGGAAUACAGGUAAUUCAUCCGCUUCUCCAGGUUCUUCUUUGGUGUUUCCUGGUGGAAAUUCUCAUUCUGCGCCUGUACGGAAAUUUCUUGCCCUUUCAUUCCUUUUAGCGGCAUUAAUGUGUGUAAAGGUUUACCGUUUUCCUAAACUCCUUAAUCCUGUAUUCUCCAAGGCCUGUGAAUUAUGUAAUGGUGAUACCACCACCAUGACACUUCUUUCCAAAGUUCAACAAGUACUGAAUGCCUAUUCACCACACUCUAUAGAGGUGAACUGUACGGUGUUGGGUGAAGAAGUUCCUUUUCUUCAUUUUGAUAAUUAUCCUCCUCCUCCUCCUCCUCCUACUGCUACUACUACUACUACUACUACUAAUACUACUAAUACUAAUACUAAUAAUAGUAAUAGUAAUAAUAAUACGAAUACUGGCAGUGGUGGUAUGUAUAUGAAGUCUACAGUAACAUCAGAGCCCAUUUGUGGACCAACACAUGUACUGGAAGAUGGAAUAUCCGUGAUGAGUAAAAAUGAGGCAUUGCAGUGGAUGUUGUGCUGCGCCUUCACUCCACUCGCAUCCGGAGUGAAGAUGUUACCACUGUAA